UCCCACACCCUGACAUCUUCCUUGGACCACUUUUUCAUCUCUCCCUCUCUGCACUGCUCCUUCCAACAGGCCACUCGCUUUUUUCUUUAACAUCCUCCCCCGCCGAUCCCAUUCAACAUGUCCGACAUGAGUGCCACCGUGGCGGAGACGCCCAAGGGUUUCCACGUUGAGGGAUACGAGAAGAUCGAGUACGACUUUACCUUUCUCGACUACGUCUUUGACGUCAAGAAGGAUGACCUCGCCAAGUGCUACGAGCGCUGGGGACGUGUCCUGGCCGUCAUGGACGCCAACAUCUUUGAGCAGUACGGAGAGGAUCUCCAGCAGUACUGCGACCACUACAAGCUGGACCUCUCCAUCCACAAGACCAUGAUUGGCGAAAAGGCCAAGAGCAUCGAUACUUUCUUGUCCAUUGUCGACUCCAUGACCAAGUUUGGAAUUUACCGAAAGGAGCCUGUGCUUGUCAUUGGUGGUGGACUUGUGACCGAUGUUGCUGGAUUCGCCUGCGCUGCCUACCGCAGGAACACCAACUUCAUCCGUAUCCCGACCACCGUUAUUGGAUUGAUCGAUGCCUCUGUCUCGAUCAAGGUCGGUGUCAACUACGGCAACUACAAGAACCGUCUGGGUGCUUACCACGCUCCUAUCCACACCUUCCUCGACUUCACCUUCCUCCGCUCUCUCCCAACGGCCCAGAUCCGAAAUGGAUUCGCCGAGUUGAUCAAGAUCUCCUCGUGCGCUCAUCUGCCCACCUUUGACCUCCUCGACAAGUACUGCGAGGAGAUCAUCAAGACCGGAUUCGGCCGCACCGACGAUGCCACCGCCGAGGUCAAGGAGGCCUGUGACAAGAUCAACCGUGCCGGAAUCCACGAGAUGUUGAAGCUCGAGACUCCCAACCUCCACGAGAUCGGUCUUGACCGUGUCAUUGCCUACGGACACACCUGGUCUCCCCUCCACGAGCUCGUCCCCAAAGUCCCCCUCCGCCACGGCCACGCCAUCUCCAUCGACAUGGCCUUCUCCGCCACCCUCGCCCACCAACGCGGCAACCUCCCCCAAGCCGACUACGAGCGUCUCCUCAAACUCUUCUCCCGCUGCGGCCUCUCCAUGGACCACCCCGACUUCAACGAGGAGAUCCUCGCGCAAGCCACCGCCGCCAUCCUCAAGACCCGCGACGGCAAACUCCGCGCCGCCGUGCCCUCUCCUCUCGGCAGCUGCGAGUUCUUCAACGACGUCACGGAGAAGGAGAUGAACGACGCACUGAGGAAGCACAAGGAGGUGUGCAAGACUUACCCGAGGAACGGUGAGGGUCUCGAGGCGUUUGUGGACGCGAGUGAUACGGGAUACACUAAGAACAAGGCGCCGGUGGAGAAGAAGUUGAGCAAUGGACUCAAGAAGUUGAAUGUGCUCAAUGAUGAUGUGAGCAAUGGCACGAAUGGCUUCUCGCCGGAGAAGGCUGAGGGACUCGCCAAUGGUGCGUUGAACGGCAGCACGAAGAGCAUUAACGGCAACGGACAUGCGAAUGGUCAUGCCAAUGGCAAUGGUCAUGCCAAUGGUCAUGCCAAUGGAGACCACGGCGAUUGCUGCUAG